AUGGCGCAGUCAUUGACGACCCGCAUGUCAACAUGCUGCUGGAGGAGUUUGUUCGCAGAGUUGCGGCCGCAGAGACAAUUCCAACGAUCAUUGAUCACGGUGCAACGAGGCCCCAUACAGAAACUUGAAAUCCCUUCCGACCUCCCGCCGCAACUACUCCCUCAACUGCCAGAAAGAUAUAGACCAGGACGAAACAGACGAGACAUCGUGGUCCAUGAAGCGCCUAGAUCCGAAGCCGAAACCUGCAAAGACCCAGUCGGUCUCGUCGACAAGCAGCAACUAUCCGUCCUCGAUCCGACGGGUGCACGCGCAAGACUCUUCGACAAAACGAACCCUGACCGCGCAAAAGUCGGCGAUAUCUUGCUCACGACUUUCAAGACCGGAGAGCCGGUAUCUGGGGUUAUUAUGGUCAUCAAGGGAUCUGGUCCACACACGUCGGUAUUGCUGCGGAAUCAAUUGACAACCGUUGGAAUGGAGAUGAGUAUCAAGGUGCACAGCCCUCUGGUUCAGAGUAUGGAAAUAGCCCAGAGAUCACCCAAGCGGAAGAGGCGGGCCAGGUUGUACUACCUUAGGAAGCCCGAGCAUGAUGUGGGCAGCGUACAGAAGGUCGUGGAUCAGUAUUUGAGGCAACGGGCCAUGUUGACGGGCGGCAAGCCUUCGAGGCAGGGCGGUGGUUUCAGAGGAGGGAAGAAGGGAAAGAGAUAA